AUGGCGGCAGAUCCACCUUACUCGAAUUCAGCCGCAUUAAGGAAUGCCACAACACAAGCUCAGGUGGAAAUGUUUGAGCAGGAAAUGACACGAAUGAAGCUAGCUCAUAAAUUGGAAGUUAAGGAAGCUGUACAGAAAGCUGCCAGUCAUCAUGUAGACAAGGUGGAGGCCAAACAGAGGACCAGUCAAGGGCAACCUCAUGAUACAGAACCAGUCCAAUCACAAGGAUAUUCAAAGUAUGAAAGUCAUUCAAGCAGUCAGCCUCGUUCUGGUACAGUUCAACCACAAGGGAAUUCAAACAUGAGACCAUAUCAAAUGGCACAGAAAGAUAGACUUCAAGCUCAGAAGUCUGGUGAGAACUACAAAGAAAUUGGAUCAGAAUUAAAGCUAUUGUUAAAUGAGAUGAGAAACAUGAUCACAGACAGACAUGACACAAACCAAUGGCACGAUAAACGUGGGCACGACAAAAUGAAAGAUAGGGAGAGUCAGCGAGGCAGUACAGCACCAUCUACGAGACAUAGAGACAUAAGAGGUCGAGAUAUCAAACUUGCCAACAAAUCUCGUCCUAAACUAAAGACUGCUGACAUAUUUCCAGUUGAGAUGAAGAAGGCAUUUACACAUUACAGAGUACCACCAGCACCAUCAGACAUCAGUUACUAUAGUGAUGCUGAGGUUGAUGAUAGAAUACACAACAGGUCAAGGUCACAGCCUGGUACAUAUGCACUCUACUCCCCUAAACUAAAAGAAAAUAGCACGAGAUCUCGAGGUCGCCAUAGGAGAAGUAGGUCAGCGGAGGCGUCGUAUGUGUUACCUAAAGACUCGAGUACAUGGACAGAUAGUGAUUAUAGAACAUCUGAUUAUUCCCCUACAGCUCCCGAGUCCGAUAUAACUGAUACUAACACGUCUAGAGCCCUGACAUCUGACAUAGAGACUUCCUCCUUUACUCAAGAUCUUUUAGAAUCUGACUUAAUUACUUCCCUUUCUGUUGGCUCUCCUGUAAUGGAGAGUACUAAAGAGAAUCCAUCCCCACCAAGUAAAUCAAUACCAGAUACACAACUUCUCUGCAAGCAUCUGGAGGAGAAGAUCAUCAGCCUUACACGUAUGGGAGAUAAUCUACAAAAAGAAAAUAAAGAGAUGGCAGAUCUGAUGAAACACAGGGAAAAAAGUUGAAAAAAGUAAAAGAAAAUGAGAAAAAAUACCGUAAAACACAAAAAUGAUAGUGCGCCUUGCUUAGGUUUAACUUAAACAAAUCAAAUUGAUGCCAGAUCUUUGUCAUAUAGAAGCUUGCAUUUAUAUUACCCAGAAUAUGUGAAUCAUGUAGAAAUCAUUCCUCUGAUCACCACUUACAAUGAAAUAUAGUUAUUAGAUAUAGUACCAGAAGCUGGAUAUAUUGUGAACAUAAUGUGAGUCUUGCCUUAGUCUGUUCUUGUAGUCUGGUCACAUUUCCGGAGUUCAAACCUUUUGGUGUGAUUGUCAAUACAGUACGUGUUGUCUGUUAUAUAACCUCAUGGGUGUUAGUGAUUGCUAUAUAUAUGUCUUAUCCAUAUAUCUACUUCCACACAUGAUCUGGGGGAAAACACCUAACUGUGCCUUGAGGAAACUAACAGGGGUAAUUGUGACUAGAAUAUCUAAGCAUCAAUGUUGUUGUUUUUUGUCUACUUAAACUGUGUCGCAGGGUUAUGACUCUUAAAGCUCUUUAGCUUUAUCUACAUGAUAAACAACUUAUAUAUAAGCCGAUUACAUAUACAGCAAAAAUAUUAAGUACUGGUAAAACCAAGCUGAAUAUAUUGAUUUAAUAUUAUUAAAACUGAAAUACAUUAGUAGAAUAUAGAGGUUGAUAUUUAACUAAGUUGGAUUGUAGUUUACUUUCUUCUGCUUAAGAUCUUAAGUAUACUUAUAAAGACUUCGUAGUUAACUGAAAUAUACGGUUGGUUUAAGAACAUACAAGGGCCAAAGUUUGUUGACAGCUCUUGUUAUGUUUUCUUGUAAAUAA